AUGACCGUCGAGGCCCUCCGCAGCUCCAUCCACGGCGAAACCCAUAUCGACCCCGCCGCCCAGCAUCUCUACCACAACGGCCGGCUGAUCUCCGACAACAACAAGACCAUGGAGGAGCUGUCGAUAGGCGACGGCGAGAUGCUCGCCCUCCACGUCCGUGACAUGCGCGGGAGCACCGGUGUACCUACCAAUAACUCCUCCAGCAGCGGCCAAGCUGGGUCUUCUACCCAGAACCAGCAGCAGCCGGGCGCCCCGCGGUCUGCGGUGCAGACGGAUCCCGAGGUCAUCAGGCUGCAGUUCCUGGGGAACCCCUCGUUGAUACCAGAGCUACGCAGGACACAGCCGCGCCUGGCCGAUCACAUCAACGACCCACAGCAGUUUGCCGCCGAGUUCAGAAAUGCCGCGGACAGAGAGUUCAGGGACAAGGCCGAGAGACAGCGGCAAAUAGCAGCACUGAAUGCAGACCCGUUUGACGUCGAGGCACAGGCAAAGAUCGAAGAAAUGAUCCGCCAGGAGAGGGUCAUGGAGAACUUGCAGAAUGCGAUGGAGCACAACCCCGAAGGUGAGGACAAGCUCUUGAUCCAGGGUGUCGAGGUGCCGUUCCUCGGCGAGGCAGAUAUCCCAAAGGAGGUUGAGGAGGCUCUCGCCGUGGAGCCGAAGCUUGCUGGUCCGAGUGGUAUGGCCAUUGGUGCCAAGUCUGGAACCGUCUCUCAACCAGCGCAACCAGCACAGCAAGCACAGCAAACAGAGCAAGCACAGCCGAGCUUCCCCAACGAGGCCAUCGAGCAGCUUGUGCAGCUGGGAUUCUCGAGAGAGGCGGUUAUCAACGCCCUUCACGCCACUGGAGGCAACGUCGAGUAUGCCGCCGGCUUGCUCUUCGACCAAUGAACGACAAGACAUUCAGCGUCAAGUACCGUCGCAAUCACAGCUGGGAAACCUUAUGAUUGUGACCGGUGAUCCCUCUCUUUUUUGCUGUCUUUCUUCGAGACAAUGUGCAUGUGCAUAGCGGACAGAGCCACAUGGAAGGUACUGUAAUGCCAAAGGGAAAAGGUAGUGGUGUAUACAUUGUGAAUAUUCGUGAGCCUGUCGUCAAGAUGUGGACAAGAAACCGUAAGGAGUACUCAUCUCAAGUGGAGGCCAUAGAAGCGCAGAUUAUAGCCCCGGGUUAAUAUUGUCAAAACCAUG